AUGUAUCGUUCGGGAAAUACGAGCAGGAGGCUAUUGGCUCCAUGUCUUCUGUUGGUGUUCAGUGUCAUUAAUGGUGUCCAGUGCGGAUUUGGACUCAAUGCUACGGUACCCAGCUAUACCACCGCUAUUGCUCAAUCAAUUGGAAUCGGAAUCAUUCCGAUAAUUAAAGCUAACGGGACCAUUAAGAUCGGAUCUGAAAACGGUGAAGUUUCACAAAGCCUGAUCAUCAUUGCAAAUAACCUAACGAAGCCAAUGGAUAAAUUAUUGGUAGGCAUUUUGGCUGCUGCCACCAGGGUGAAUGUUAACGUUAGUGACUUAUUCGCGAACAUAACUCAAACGCUAAGUGACACGGCAACCGCUAUUCAGAAUGCCGAGAAAGUCGCGGAUGAUUUGCAAAUGGAUUUUAAAAUGUAUCUCUAUCAACAACUACACGGUAAAAUUAAGACUUUAACGAAAGCUUUGUCCAGUUUAGCGGACAGUUUGGGUACACUGAGGACUCAAGCCGAAAAAGCAGCUAGUGAGUCGUAUCCGGUAUCCAAUAGAAACGUUACAACUUUUAUCAACAGUACCGUGAUUGCAAAUCUUUGCAUUCCGCUUAGAGAUAUUCGAAUAGAUCUAUCGGAUAUAGCAAACAUUAUGACGACAUCAGUGAGUUUGAGCAUUCAAUUGAAGGCCUAUCAAACACAGUUGAAUACAUUGAGCAACAGUAGCACUCAAAAUAUGCAACUCAGCUUCAACCGAACAGUUAUUGAUGUCUGGAAGAAGGUCAUCGAACAGCAGGUCAACACCGUUAAAUCCAUCAACCAGGUAUACGCCGCGAUAGUCUCUCGUGCAAAUGAUUAUAACAAUGGAGAUAUCAGCAACCUGACCCAAUUCCUAGCCGACAUGGUAACGGCAAAUAGUAGUUUCUCCGAAACUGUUGAGCUAAGAUCUAACCUCACCAUGGAAACUGUCAGCGCAUCUCUACAGAAUCACACCGAUUUGCUCACGAAAACAUUGCUCGAUUCGGGUACCAAAAUGGUUGACAAUUUGGAUAUUGCAAACUCGAGUGCAUACAGCGUCCCUUGUGCCCGGCAAUACUUCCAGCAGCUGCAACAGCAAUUGGUUUGGAUUGGAAAAUUGUCGAACUGUAUUAAGCUGGAAUCGAACGCCUUUCGACCGACUAUACAGAUUGUCAAAACAAUGCUGGACUAUAUCAGGGGUGCCGCUGUGUCGAUAGCGGUCGGAUUGACCACAAUAUGCCAAUACGGAAGCAGCAAUUGUAGCUCCUCGUACUUUGCCGAAUUUCCGGAACACUCCAAACGGAUACAGAACAGGACGGCCGCUGUUGCCGAUUGGGUGACAGGGGAUGAGCAGAUUGUGACCGGACGGAUAGUAAGCUGCCUCAAUGCGACUGGUUAUGAAUUCGACGAGAGCGUGAGAAUUAUGGAAGAAAAGUUCAAAUUUUGCCUGAUAACUGGUGUGUAG